UCAGGGGGCUGAAUUCAGGGGAGAAGUGUUAAGGAAUCUGGUCCUACACGUCGUCGCCAUACGGAACACUGCACCUCACAUGUCACAGUCCAAUGGGCUGGUCGAAAACGCUAACUGGGUGAUAAAGAUAGCGUUGCGACGAAACAUCGCGGCACGGGAUCCGAGACCUUGGCCCGAUAUCGCCGAUCACAUCCUGGCGGUCCAUCGCGGAACGCCCCACGAAUCGAUGGGGCUAAGCCCCUUCCGAUUAAGGACCAAUAAGCUUUCAUUGUGCUUGGUCGAAGUACGACUGACGUGGAUCGAGGACGAAGCGCACCCGCCUUGCAUAGAGCGGCUGGAGUUGCUGUUUAUCCAAGCCUGGCGCACCAACGUGGAGGGAGAGCUCCUCRCAUUCUYAUYCGGUGCAGUACGGCYYGRCCAUCAGGAACUURUCACGCAAGAGCUCACGAUCCCGGUAGCGCAGCUGGCGGACAACCUCCCUCUUGACAUCAUCUCGCAAGACGACGAGCAUCCAGUUCCCCAUGUCCUUUCUCGCACCUUGACACCUCAUCUUCAGUGGYCGGCUUGCGUAGAAGGAGCCGCGGAACGCAUCCCKCCGUCGCAGCGACAACAUUUGGAUCCCGGGGCGAUUCGUGACCCUGCCUUCUUCAGGCAGCCUACGGCGGAGCAGCUUGCGGCCAUCCAAGAGGAGGAAGAGGAGGAAGAAAGCACUGAGAGUGACGACGAGGAAGACGAGCGGGAAGAAAGUGAGGAAGGCGACGAAGUACUCGGGGAAGAAGACGAAACCCCCAAAGAAGGAAGCUAUAGCGAGCAUAGCGAGGGGGAGCGGAGCGAAGAAGAGGAAGAAGAUGAAGAAGGAGAAGAAGGGCACGAAGAAGAAUCUGCUAGAUUAGAGUGGGAAGCCGUGCCGGAAGAAGCGCUGUGCACAGGUACAGAGGCAGAAGAUCCCGAGGCGGCCCAUAAAAGGGAAGAGAUCGCGGCCGGGAAGACGGAGUUAGAACUCGCAGGUGCGGCGAGUCUACAGAUCUGCGACGACCCGAACCGAGAUCCGGAGCCGCCCCGACCUGAAGAUGGCAACCUCGCGGCCACGACUCCGGACCCAUCGGUAAUGGACGCGUGUCGCGGCGACGACACGAGGACGAUCCCGUCCUUGAAUGGUCGAGAGCCCAAUCUGAGGAGAUAGUAGAAGAGCCAAGUUGCCACGUUGGAUGACGUCUACACACGAUCAAACGGUAAGUGGCAUGAAGA